UAAGAAUGACAUCAUUCAAACUGCACGCCAACCCUCCGUCUAUUUUUAGAUCAAAGUUUCUCCCAUAAAAAUGGGAAUGGAGGAAGUCACGAACAACAAAGUUCGAGCAGCUUUGCUUGAACAUCAAGCACGCAACUUAUUAGGCCUACUAGUACUAGCAGAAAGUCAGUCUCAUCACGGAGAACUUCCCUUUGGUUGAAAAAGAAAUAGAUUCGACUACAUUGUACAGUGAAACUGAAAACAAGCACUGUUUGCUGAGAUUUAUGAGUUUGUACGAGUUCUUGAAGAAGAAGAGGAUUUCCCAGAUAAAUAAUGCAGAACCUAAAGCUUGUGGUUGUCGGCGAUGGCGCCGUGGGGAAGAGCUGCCUCCUCAUCAGUUACACAACGGGCUCUUUCCCGGGCAACUACGUACCCACGGUAUUUGACAACUACUCCAACAGUGUCAUGGUCGCAGGAAAACCCUACAACCUGGGGCUCUUUGAUACGGCUGGACAGGAGGACUAUGACCGCCUGCGUCCGCUGUCCUACCCAGGAGCAGACAUCUUCCUGGUGUGUUUCUCCGUUGAGAAUAGAGAUGCCUUAGAAAAUGUUGCAGACAAAUGGAUUCCGGAGAUCGUACAUCACAUGCCUAACACUCCAAUCCUGCUGGUUGCAACCAAGAUAGAUCUCCGUGGGAGUUCCCAACGCAGCUGUGUCUCAUUCGACGAGGGCUUCAAGUUUGCACAGAAACAUAACCUGGAAUACACUGAAACCAGCGCACUACAUGGCACAAACGUGAAAGACUGCUUUGAGAAAGCUGUGUACAUGUCUGUGUGUAGCGGGACGAAAAAACACAAGAAGAAGGGGGGCCUCUUUAGCUUUGGUGGGAAGAAGUUUGUACCCCGGCCACCAGAGAUGCCCCCAGCAGGUAAAGCCCCAUGGAUAGAAAUCCAAACGUCAACAAUUGCAAACAACUUAGGCAAGGCGUUGGAGCAGCCUUCUUACUCUGACGUCACCUUCAUCGUUGAAGGGAAGAGCAUCUUGGCUCACAAAGUGGUGCUGUGUAGUGCCUCUAACUUCUUCUGCCGUGUCUUUGGCCUGAAACCGCCGGACCAGGAUACAGGAAGCAGCUCCAAAGUGUGGAACUUUACCUGGGAGGACAUUAACGAGGGCAAGAUCGCCGGUCUAGCUGGUAUCCUUGAUGUAGUGACCCCGGACGGUAGCUCAUGUGAUAAACCAACGACCCAGGUGACAAUCAGUGAAGACAUCUCUUACAAGACCUUCCGCCAUGUCUUGGAAUUUCUCUACACUGGCCUGCCUAACAUCACGGAGGAGGCGAGUAUGGAGGACAUAGUGGCUUUGCGGAAGGCAUCCAGCACGCUCCGCUUACCCCAGCUUGACGACAUCGCCAAGAACUUACAGAACGAAGAGGAGUUUCUGAAUCCCAGCAUCGGGACUUUCCUGAACGAUCAGACAGGCCAGAGAACCAAGUGGUUGUUCCUCAACAGACAGGCACUGUCUGACAUCAAAUUCAAAAUUGAAGAGACAACGAUCCAUGCCCACAAGAUAAUGCUGACAUCUCGCUGUGAAUUCAUGGCUGGAAUGUUUAGUGGCGUCUUCACAGAAAGCAGCAAAGAUGAGAUCAGAAUAGAAGACGUGAGUCCGGAGUGUUUCUUGGCCCUCUUGGAGUACCUGUAUACUGACCACGCCCCUAUAGAGGAGGGAGAUGCAGUGGGCAUCAUGGUAGCUGCCGAUCGGUACGGCCAAGAACGACUGAAGAAUCUCUGUGAGUUGUACAUCACCAAGGGUGUGGAUGUAGCUGUGGCAAACAGCAUAGCAGAGGCACAUGUGGAUGUCAUUGGACUGCUGCACACAGCUCAGAUGUACAACACAACCCAGCUGGCCGCAUGGUGCCUUCAUUUUAUCUCAAGUAACUUCAUGGCCUUCAAGCAGCGGGCGGAGUUUAAGAUGCUUGAUGGGGAGAACCUGAAGUACAUCAGCGAGAACCGCUGGCCUCCUGUCAGCUACCUGGAGGCAAUGGAGAAGUACAACGCCAAAUACGGACAGAAGGACGACAAGUGUAAAGUGCAGUGAAAAAGAUCAAAAACGAAUCCAUACCACUCUGUGCUCAUUCUGCUGUGCCGUUUUGUAGAUCACAUCACACACUGCCAGUUUGUGUAUUAAAAGACAUUCAUGAAAAACUUGGACCUAUUCCUAUUGGUUGAGAGCACAACAAAUUGUCUUUUAAAGAUAUCACGACAAUGUCUAUCUGCACAGGUCAUCAAGUUAGAACUUGAUUGUUCAACAUGCAUUUUGUUCAUGAGUUAUGAUUGAAACAAAUCAUUCAUUUUUCAACCAAAAAGCAGAACCCAUCUCUGUAUGUGGGGUUUACGACAAGAGUCUCCAGAGGCAUUAUACAGAUCUCUUAUGUGCAAUAAAAUGAAGACAGUUCUUUCCGACUCACAUCACCCAUUACAUGCCGACUUCCAAACCAACUCCAGAAGUAACUGCUUUUUACAACCAAGGAUCAGGACACGGCGAUACGGCAGUUCAGUCGUUCCAGUAGAUGGUACAAUCAAAUGGUACAAUGAGCUACUGGGACGAUGAGCUGUCGUGUGGCUGACUCUGAUCCCUCAUUAACGUAAUGUAAUAUGUGUAUAUAUGUAGUAUUUUUUUUUUUUUUUACAUGUAAUCACCUGAA